GUCAGAUCAUAAACUAAAAGAGUCUCCGACUGUACUGAUUAUAUUGACUAUCGGACACUAAAUUUAAAUGAGAAAAAUUCCCUGACCGUCGAUAUGAAUAUACAAGAAGCGUAAUGUAAGAAUGAAGAAACACUUUAUAGAAAUCCUAUACAGAGAUGUUACUGCUAAAGAUUUGAAUCGCUUUGUUUCUAUUUCAAGUAGCUCUCUGUUUUCUUUUCUCCUUUUCUAUGUUUUGCGAGUGGUGAGAGGGAUUUAAUGUAACAUGUAUUAAGAAUUAAAAAUGGAGAAAUAUUCAGACAGUGCUAUAUCGUACUCCUUAAGUAUCUAUCUUCAUUUUUAAUUCUUAUAUAUACACAUAUGUCACACACUUGGAAAAAGAAAUUGCAAACACGCACAUAUAAGUGUGUGUUCUCUAAAUAUUCAUACUCUACACAUAUUAAAAACGUUAAUUAUAAUUUAUUAUUCAAAAACUCCAACUUUUUUUUAAAAGAAUAACUUGAAAAUUUGUCAUCUACUUGAAGGUUGUUACUAAUAAUACAGGGGGUCGAAAAGUGAGCAAAUUUACUAGGUUAUUGACCAAUAAGAUCAUAGAUAUUUUAGUAAAUUUGCGCACUUUGGUAAUUUUUUCACUCUAUUGCAUGAUACACAAUCGACCCCCGUCCCCCGUUGGACAUUUCAGGUGUAUUCUACAUUAAUUGACAAUUAGGUUUUUUAAGAAAACAAUACAUUGCAAUAAUGGAUGAUACAAAGUCGCCGCCAAACAUCGAAGAUAUUUGUCAAUUAGAACGACAAUUUCGCGAAAAGUUGUACGAGUUACAAAACGAUAUGGAUACUGUGCAAGUGAUGCAAAAAGAACUUGUGGAAACUCGCCUCGCUUUAUACAGUAGAGAAUUAGAAUUGGAAAAAGAGCGUACAAUUUCUCAUGAGUUAAGAAUGCAAUUGAAAACAGCUAUGGACGCCGUGAAUGAGUUGCAACAACAACAAACGAAAAAUCAGAUUAAUAGCGUUCAAUUACAAGUCAAGUGCGACACGAUAGCGAAACAGUACGAUUCUAUGAUGAAUCAAGUCACAAGCGCGAAGAUGCACGAGAUGGAAUGUAAAAUCAAAAUACAGAGUUUAGAGGAGAAUUUACACUAUAAAGAUCUAAUCAAUAAGAAAUUGAAACAAACACUGAAGGAGCUCGAACAUAAUAAUUUGCGCGCUACUACUACUGUCGAUCGUAAAAUCGUAAAACUUAAAGAAGAACAUCAACAUCUUCAGAAAUCUUGUGAAGCGGUUAUUCAUUUUAAUCGACGUUUACAAACUGUGGGCUUGUGUGCAUAUGCGAUACAUCAAAAGGAUAAAGCAAAAAUUAAGGAUCUGCUAUGUAUGCUAGCUUCGAUGUCGGUCAAAAAUAUAGAAUUCGUGGAAAAAUUUAUAAAUUGCGAUAUUCAUCCGGAAAUAAAAAAAUUGCUUUCGCAAUCUACGUAAAAAUCAUAGAACAGGAUAG